AAUGUCAGCAUUGGGGUUCUGAGUUCCAGCUACCUAAUUUGGAUUUUGAAGAUGUUUUAAAAAAUGAUGAAUAUGCAUACAAGUGGCUCUCUACCCUGAAGAAAGUAGGUAUAGUGCGACUCACUGGAGCAUCUGAUAAAAGAGGAGAAAUUUUAAAACUUGGGAAAAGGAUUGGUUUCCUUUAUCUCACAUUCUAUGGACAUACUUGGCAAGUUCAAGACAAAAUCGAUGCAAACAAUGUGGCUUAUACAACUGGGAAGCUAAGCUUUCACACUGAUUAUCCAGCCCUUCAUCACCCACCUGGGGUACAGCUUCUGCACUGCAUAAAGCAAACAGUUACUGGAGGUGAUUCAAUCAUUGUAGAUGGGUUCAAUGUCUGCCGAAAGCUAAAGGAAAAAAAUCCUCGGGCAUUCCAAAUUUUGUCCUCCACUUUUGUGGACUUUACAGACAUUGGUGUGGAUUAUUGUGAUUUCUCUGUACAAUCCAAGCACAAGAUUAUAGAGUUAGAUGAUAAAGGCCAAGUGGUUCGUAUUAACUUCAACAAUGCUACCAGAGACACAAUAUUUGAUGUACCUGUGGAAAGAGUUCAGCCAUUUUAUGCUGCUUUGAAGGAGUUUGUUGAUCUCAUGAACUGCAAAGAAUUCAAGUUUACCUUCAAGAUGAAUCCAGGUGAUGUGAUUACUUUUGAUAACUGGCGCUUGCUUCAUGGCAGACAUAGCUAUGAAGCAGGAACGGAGAUCUCCCGUCAUCUAGAAGGAGCUUACGCAGACUGGGAUGUGGUAAUGUCAAGGCUUCGUAUCUUAAGACAGAGUGUCGAAAAUGGAAACUGA